AUGGGAGCAGUGAAACUGAUUGGAACUUAUACAAGCCUGUUCAGCAUAAGGGUUGAAUGGGCUUUGAAGCUUAAAGAAAUGCAAUAUGAAUACUUAGAAGAUGAUAUAUUCAAUAAAAGUCCCCUCCUUCUUAAGCACAACCCUGUUCACAAGAAGAUCCCCGUUCUGGUCCAUGAUGACAAACCAACUGCCGAGUCAUUUGUCAUCCUUCAAUACAUCGACGAGACAUGGAAAGAUAAUCCCUUACUGCCUCAAGAUCCUUAUGAAAGAGCCACAGCUCUUUUUUGGGCUAAAUUUGCUGACGAGAAGCAUGACAGUCUUGUAUCUUUAUCUUGGAAAUUUUGCCUGCAAACAAGGUUUGAUGUUCUCUCUCUCUCUCUCUCUCUCUCUCUAUUAUCGCAAGGGCAGUGUUUGGUAGAAGCAUAUACGGCUGCCUGGACUGAGGGAGAUGAAAAGGAGAAGGCCAUAAAGUCUGCUCAAGAAUCAUUUGCAUUUCUUGAGAAGCUGAUUCAAGGGAAGAAAUUUUUCAGUGGAGAUGAUACGAUAGGCUAUUUGGAUCUAGCAAUGGGUUGGAUUCCUCUGUGUCUAGAUGUUAUGGAAGAAAUUGGAGGCAUGAAACUGGUUGAUGCUAAGAAGUUCCCAUCUCUUCUUGAAUGGGCUCAGAACUUCAUUGAAAUCCCACUCAUCAAAGAACGUCUUCCACCAAGAGAUGCUCUCUCCAACUACUUGAAUAUGAUUGCCAGCUACAAGCGUUCCCACAAGUAG